AACCAAAGAAGAUUAGAUGAGUGGACAAAUUCUCACACGUUAGGGUUUGCCUUCUGUCUGACUCUUCUUCUCUUCUCUUCUACAACACGCUUCUCUCUCUUUUUCUUCUUCUUCUUCUUCUUUCUUAGAUCUCUCUCAAACCCUUUCAACGACGCCGUUUUGAUCUUUAAUUUCACUUUUUUCUCCAAACCCUAAAAUCAAAAAUCGUUUUUUUAGGGUAAAAAAACCCUAAUAAUGGAUGAAGCUGGUGAGAGUGGAGAUCCUAUGGAUCAGUUCCACCGUAACGAAGCUAUAUCUGCUGUAGCUGAUGAUGGUUUUCUUGCUGAAGAAGAUGAUGAUUAUGAAGAUCUUUACAACGAUGUUAAUGUUGGUGAAGGUUUUCUUCAAUCGUUGAGGAAGAAUGAUGAUUCGGGUGGUAGAAUUGAAGGGGUUGAUGAGAAGAAGGUUCAAUCGGGUUCGGGUGUUCAGGAUCCGGUGGUUGGUGUUGUUGGUGAGGGAGUGAAGAGUGUUGGUGUUGAUGAAUCUAGGGUUUCUGGGUUUCAGAAUCAAGGGUUUAGAGGGGGGAAUUCUGGAGUUGGAUCGGGUGCCGGUGGUGGUGGAAUUAGGGUUGAAUUAGGUCAAGCAUCUGGGAAAUUGAGUGAAAUUGAGGAACAGAGAGGUGGGAAUGAUGGUGUUGGAGUUCAGGGGAUUGUGCAGCAACAGCAGCAGCAGCAGCAACAGCAACAGCAACAACAUGGUGGUGUUGUUGGAAACGAUGGGUUGGUGAGACAAGUUCCAAGUGGUGUUGUUGGUGGUGGAGGGGUUAAUCUUAAUAGGGUUGGAGGAAAUGGACCUGGAAAUAAUGUUAUUGCUAUUGGUGGGGGAGGAGGUGAAGGGGGAGGAGUUGGUGGUGGAGGAGGAGGUGGAGGAAGUACUUUGUUAUUUGUGGGUGAUUUGCAUUGGUGGACUACUGAUGCUGAGCUAGAAGCUGAGUUAUGCAAGUAUGGACAAGUGAAGGAGGUGAGGUUUUAUGAUGAGAAAGCUAGUGGGAAAUCCAAAGGGUAUUGUCAGGUUGAGUUUUAUGAGGCAUAUGCUGCCACUGCUUGUAAGGAAGGGAUGAAUGGUCAUCCAUUUAAUGGGAGGCCAUGUGUUGUUGCCUUUGCGUCACCUUUUACUGUUAAGAAAAUGGGUGAGGCUCAGAAUAAUAGGAAUCAACAGGUGAACCAAACUGCUGGUGGCGGGGUUAACCCGGGAAGAAGGGGGCCUGCUGAUGUGGGAGCUAAGCCUGCUGGUAGUAAUAUUGCAACGGGCGGUAAUUAUCAAGGUGGAGAUGGGAAUAAUAAUAAUAACAAUAAUAAUAACAAUAGAGGUUAUGGAAGAGGUAAUUGGGGGAGAGGGAACAAUCCUGGUAUGGGCGGUAGAGGACCUGUCAAUCCGAUGAGAAAUAGGGGUGGUGGGAUAGGUGGUAGAGGUAUAAUUGGCAAUGGUGGGAAUGGGUUUGGACAGGGUAUUGGUGGUGCCCCGCCGAUGAUGCAUCCUCAGCAAAUGAUGAAUCAGGGUUUUGAUCCUGCAUUUGCUGGUCCCAUGGGUAGAAUGGCAGGCUUUGGAGGCUAUCCUGGUGGUCCCGCGCCUCCGUUCUCGGGGAUGAUGCCUCAAUUUCCUGGUGUUGGAGGUGUUGGUUUGCCUGGAGUAGCACCUCAUGUUAAUCCUGCCUUUUUUGGAAGAGGGAUGCCUGUGAAUGGAAUGGGGAUGAUGCCCCAGUCGGGUAUGGAUGGUCCUAAUAUGGGAAUGUGGCCGGAUCCAAAUAUGGGUGGAUGGGGUGGUGAGGAACCUGGUGGUGGCAGGGCUGGAGAGUCAAGUUAUGGGGAGGAAGCAGCAUCAGACCAUCAGUAUGGUGAGGUGAAUCCUGAUAGAGCUGGGUGGCAGAAUACUAUGAGGGAAAAGGAUAGAGGAUCCGAAAGGGACUGGUCCGGUUCUUCUGAGCGAAGGUACAGGGAUGAUAGAGAUCAAGGGUAUGAGAGAGAUGCACCUAGAGAAAAAGAUGCUGGACAUGAUCCUGAAUGGCCAGAAAGAAAGCACCGUGAUGAUAGAGAGGUGGUUCGUGAACGAUCUCGUGACCGUGACCGUGGUCGGGAAAAGUCUCGAGAUCGCGAGCGCGAAAGGGGGGAUCGAGAUCGUGAGCGGGACAGAUACAGGGAAGAUAGGGACAGAUAUGCUGAUCAUCAUAGGUACAGAGACCGUGAACCAGAGCACGAUGAGGAGUGGGAACGGGGGAGAUCGUCUAGAACUCACAGUAAAUCAAGAUUGUCACAGGAUGAGGAACACCAUUCUAGGUCAAAAGAUGCUGAUUAUGGAAAGAGGAGGCGACUGACCUCUGAGUAAUACUUUCCCUUGAGGAAGGGAAGAAUAGUUGCUGAAAAAUCAGGAUUUGUCAUGGUUGUUUAGGUUUUCUGGUGGUGCUCCUUCGACCUAGAAGUUGUUGAUCAGCUGCUAUUUCAUUCACUUGUUCCAGUUGCAUAUUGCCAGGAGUGUGUUUCUGCUCUCCUAUGGAAAUGGGACAAUUGUUUGAGAAUCGAGACUGUUCAUCUAAACCCCUGGGUUGCUUUGAGGAUCAAGUGCCAUCGAUAUUGAAGAGCCAAGUCAUGACAAUCCUUUUUCUUACAUUUAGAGUUGGAACUUUUGCUAUGAAGAUAUUCACUUAUGAUUUGAAUUUAUGUUUUUAUUAGCUCUUGAUUAAACCAAUGUUGUUGAUGUAAUGGGCUUAACUUGUCGAAGUCUGAAAUGUUGCAGACUAUUUAACUUGAUUGUUUGAAUGAUGUACUAGGAUUUAGUUGAGGAUGUUGAUUAUGUGCCGUUUUUUUAUUGGCUCUUGUUGUUGUAUCAUAUUUUCACACCAUCCAUUUUUUGUUUUGACCCUGACAGUUAGUUAGUAUACCGGUUGAGCAUGCCAAUUUUGUGUAUUAUGAUGUAGAGAGCUAACCAUUCAAUUACUGUAAAGCUGGAGAAUUGUAUAUAUCACUUUCUCUUUGUAUAUAAAUGAUAUGUACUUCUCUGAUUA